AAAAUUAACAAACAUCUUUGAUAUUUUCCCAUAAUUUUCAUUUCCCUUUCUUUUUCGUAUUUCGUUGAAAAUAAUCCCCCAAAUCUCAGUCGAUUCUUAACACAGAUUUUUCAUCAUGGAUUUCUUCAAAUCAGUUUUCGCCGAUGAUCCAGAUCCUCCUAAACCCCAACUCCAACCCGAUUCCGAUACUUCCAGAGCUGAAUACCCCACCCCUGAUUCCUCCCCCAAACUGUCAGAUCCCGACCCUAACCCUACCGGCUGGAGCUUCGGUGGUCUUUUCCAAACGAUAGCAACCAGAUCCGAAUUCGUAAUCGAAACUUACCGUCGCGAUCUCGAAGAAUUCGGGAUGGGUCUCAAAAAGGAAAUCGAGGUAGCUCAGGGCUCGUUAGGGAACGUAGGGCAAGUCAUUGAUGAGUUCGGGAACACAGUGAUAAAGGGUACGACCCAGAUCAUCAACCAAGGCAAGGAGGCAAUACUAGCUGCCGAUAACGAAUCCGAUUACUCUUCCUCCGAUAGCAAGGACAAAAAUCAGAUUGCUCAGCGGAGCUUGAACUCGAAUCGGUACAGUCGGUUCGAUGCUCAAGUAAGGGCAAUUCAAGGAGAUAUUAAUACUUAUAUUGAAGAACCAGAGGAUUUGGAGGAUUAUAAAAAGUGUAAAUCUGGGUUUGAUUUGGUAGAGAAGAAGGAAGAGAUGGAGAGAUUGAUGGAAGAGAAUGGAGAGAUAGGGAGUGUUUAUAAAAGGAUUGUUGGUGUUUCGAAUGGGGUUGAUCACGAGACUUUUUGGUGUAGGUAUUUUUAUAGGGUUUUUAAGCUUAAGCAAGCUGAGGAUGCGAGGGUUAAGCUUGUUAAGAGAGCAAUUUCAAGGGAAGAGGAGGAGGAGUUGAGUUGGGAUGUUGAUGAGGAUGAAGAAGAGGUGGACGAGAGAAAUGUAAUGCCCAAGGCGACUUUAAAGAGGCAAGAAGAUGUGGAGAAGAAGGAAAAAGAUGGAACUGUGGAAGAGAAGGCAGAAAAAGGUGAUUUUUCGGAGAAUAAAACUGUGGAAGAGAAAGCUGAAAAAGGUGUUGUAUUGGAGAGUAAGGAUCAAGUUGUUAAGAAGGUAAAGGAAAAGAAUCCGGUCGAGGAACCACGAGUGGAAAGGAAUGGAAAUGAUGAUGAAUCAAGUGGUGGAAAUGUGGUGUCUGAGAAAGUUUAUUUGAAGAAGGAGGAGGACCAUUGGAAGGAUGAUUCAGUGGCGAAAUCUGUUGAGAAAGUAGAUUCUGAAGGGAAGGGCAAGAAUGAGGAGCUUAAACCUAGUAGUGGCAAUGGUAAAGACAGUGACUUUUCAGUGGUUUCAAGCCAUCCUUCAAUGGCUGAGGAGGAGGAGGAUCUUGAGUGGGAUGAAAUUGAGGAUCUCAGCAGCAUUGAUGAUAAGAAAGGAACUCAUGAUGGGAGCCCGAGCUCCACCAAUAGAACUGAGCUGAGAAAGCGACUGAGUACUGCUGAAGAAGAUGAAGAUUUGAACUGGGAUAUUGAAGAUGAUGAUGAACCGGUUAAAGCUUGAUGAAAAACGUAAAGUUUCAUAAAAGAAAUAUUCCUCAGAAUUUAUUGCAUUCUGCUGUUUCGUUUUCCUUGUAUUCAUUUCACUUUUCGUUUGAAAUGCAAAUAUCUUAUAUGAUUGGUGUACUUUUAAAACACUUGAUUGAAAUGAAAUUGAAGCAUCUAUGUACAUA